GGAAUUUGCGCGUAGCCGACGUACAUCGAAGGCGGUGCUUUUUCAUGACUCGGAUAACAAGUAUCCCAGGCGGGAUUUCUUUUGAAUAUUUGAAACGCGAACUUAUAUUUUUAAUUAAUUGUAACGAUCGUAUUAUAACAACUACUGAAAUAGAUCAUUGGAUAUUACAGUCAAGUAGAAAACGAGGGUCUGCGCCCCCUCAAUCAAAGAGGCCAUCAUGAAACUGACGGACAAUGUGCUGCGGAGUUUCAGGGUUGCAAAGGUUUUCCGGGAAAACUCGGACAAAAUCAACUGCUUUGAUUUCAGCUCAAACGGGGAAACCAUAAUUUCUAGCAGCGACGAUGAUUCACUAGUUUUAUACGACUGCCAGGAGGGAAAACCCAAACGGACCCUCUACAGCAAGAAGUACGGAGUGGAUCUGAUCAGGUACACACAUGCAGCCAACACCGUGGUCUACAGCUCCAACAAAAUUGAUGACACUAUCCGGUACCUCUCCCUCCAUGACAACAAGUACAUCCGCUACUUCCCAGGACACAACAAAAGAGUGACCGCUCUGUCCAUGUCCCCUGUGGAUGACACGUUCAUCUCCGGAUCUUUAGACAAAACAAUCCGGCUGUGGGACCUGCGCUCUCCAAACUGCCAGGGUCUGAUGCACCUACAGGGGAAGCCAGUCUGCUCCUUUGACCCUGAAGGUCUGAUCUUCGCUGCUGGAGUUAAUUCGGAAAUGGUCAAACUAUACGAUCUGCGGUCCUUUGACAAGGGUCCUUUUGCUACGUUCAAGCUUCAGUACGACCGCACCUGUGAGUGGACAGGACUGAAAUUCAGCAACGACGGGAAACUCAUCCUUGUCUCAACCAAUGGGGGUGCCCUCCGCCUUCUUGACGCCUUCAAGGGAGCUGUGAUGCAUUCGUUUGGGGGCUACAACAACAGCAAAGCGGUGACGCUCGAGGCCUCCUUCACGCCGGAUUCUCAGUUCAUUAUGAUCGGCUCUGAGGACGGCAAGAUCCAUGUGUGGAAUGCAGAAAGUGGGAUGAAGGUUGCGGUUCUCGAUGGGAAGCACACUGGUCCUGUCACCUGCCUUCAGUUCAACCCCAAAUUCAUGACUUUUGCCAGUGCCUGUUCCAACAUGGCAUUCUGGCUUCCCACCAUCGAUGAUUGAGUGGUCAGUUGAUUGGAUAAUAAAGAGAAGCACAGUGUGUGUCGCUAAUGGAGCCGACAAGCAAUGUGAAAUCCCAUUUUGAAACGGAAGAUGUCUACACCUCCAGCUUCGGGAGAUUUGUCCAUGGCGCGCAUGACCAAUCGAAUUGAUUGUAAAUAUGUAGGACUUCAGGUAUAUACAUUGUGAUUUGUGUUCUUUUUCUAUUUGUAACAUUAAAUGUCUUUUUGUUUUUUAA